AUGUCUAAAGACUUAUGGGAAGCUUUACAAAACCUCAAUCUGGGCUCAGAAAGAUCUCCUAUGAGGAUGUCUCGUGAAGCUUUAAAGGAUCGCGAAGAUGCAAAUAAACUCAGUUUAGUGGUGAAGUGUUUAAAUCCCCAGCAUCAGAAACCAAUAGGAAUGAAAGGUGCUCUUCCUAAGGCUUGGAAUCUGCAAGGUAAGGUCACGAGCAGAAUCAACGAUGAUGACACAGUCCAAUUUUUCUUCAAGGCAGAGCAUCACUUAAUGACAGUUCUUGAAAAUGGGCCUUGGCACUAUAAUUUAUGGAUGGUAGCAAUUGACCGUUGGACACGACGUCUACUUCUCACUUUUUUAACUGAGAUUUCAUUUUGGGUAAGAAUCCUCAAUAUUCCUGAAGAGUUUAGAUCUGACGCUGUUGUUCAUGAAGUGGGAGGAGUUCUUGGGCAUAUAGAUGAAGUUCGAUUCCAGGAAGCUACUGAAGAGACAAACGGGGAGGUUUUAGCUCGUGUUACAAUGAAUAUAAACGACCGACUCAUCUGUGUCAGGUAUAUUGAAUUUGAUCCUUCCAAGCCACCGGUUAUGAUCAGAUUUGUUUUUCCGAAGCUCCGCAAGUUCUGUUUUCGUUGUGGUUCUCUACGACAUGACCAAUCAAGUUGUGAUUAUGCAAUCCAAAUUCCACAAAUUGAUGAUGAGGAUACGUUUCCAGCUAGGCCGAGGGAGGAAGAUGACAUGUCUAUCACUCCAGAAUACAUCCCUCUUACAAUCAGAGAAUAUGGUGCCACAUCUAAAUUUCCUACAGGAGAGAUAGUCAAAUCUGUUGCUAUUGGUCCUAAUGAUGAAACAUCUGCAACUCUUAUUAAAGAAGCUUCAUUAAUCACUCAACCGGUUCCUCCUGCAGACAAUCAUCAAACAUUACAGACACAAAUCAUAAGGGAUAUCACAAAUCAUACCAAUCAAGUUGUUACUAAAGAUGAUGUUGACCCUGCUUUGACCACGGACAGAGGUCAAAAAAGAAAAGUUCAAGACAUGUUAAUGGAGGAUCAAGCCUCAACUUCUAAGCCUAGAACUAAAGGUGCUUUUCAGGGGAGGGGGCUUAAGAGGAACCCUCUGACAAUUCCAUACCUGAAGGAUAUCAGGAAGUCUACUAAACCUGAUAUCUUGUUCCUCGUAGAAACAAAAAAUGGUUUCCAAUAUGUAAAUAACUUAGGUAGGGAACUGGCUUAUCCAAAUAGUUUUAUUCUUCCUUCAGAAGGUAGUAGUGGAGGCAUGGCGAUUUUUUGGAAUGAUGCGGUGAAGGUAGAUUUUGUUGAUACUCCUUCGUUGAACUAUACUGAUCUGUAUAUUUCAGAGCCGGGAUCACCAACUUUUUUGAUUACUUAUGUAUAUGGUGAUCCAGAUUACAAGCAUCAUAACAGAAUGUGGGAUACAAUGACUUUUUGGGCUGAAGCAGGUUUGUACAGGGGAAAACCUAGAUUAGUAUUAGGAGAUUUCAAUGACAUACUUAGUAAUGAGGAAAAGUUUGGAGGACCGCAAAAAUCAGAAAACUCUUUCAAGUUUUUCAGGAAAAUGCUUAACACAUCUGGAUUGCAUGACUUAAAGGUCAUGGGAGGAAAGUUUACUUGGACUGGCCAGAGAUAUUCUUACUCGAUAAUGUCAAGAAUUGACAGAGCUGUGGCAUCUGCAGAUUGGCAAGACAUGUUCCCCAAGGCCUAUGUCCAACUUUUAGAUUGGAUUGGUUAUGAUCACAGACCAAUCUUAAUAUACACAGGUGAGAAAAGGAGAACCGGUUGUCCCUUAUUCAGGUAUGACAACAGAUGGCGUUUUAACAAGGAGAUUAAGGAAGAACUUGCUAGGACCUGGAAUUCUGAAUGUCACCACUUAUCACCUAAAAGUUUCUAUGAAGCUCUCAAGAAAUGCAGAUCAUGUCUUUCAAAGUGGAAAACGCAGAAUCCUAUUAACUCAGCAAGGCGAAUCCAAGAACUGAAAGCUCAGAUUCAUCAAGCGUAUAACACCUCUCCUGUUAAUUUAAAUCAUAUCAAAGUAUUGAAAACAGAACUAACCAAUGUUUAUAGGAUGGAAGAGGAAUACUGGAAGACAAAAAGCCGAAUCCAAUGGCUCCAAGCAGGAGACCGUAACACAAGAUUUUUCCAUGCAAAAACUAAACAAAGGAGAAGCUAUAACAGAAUUAGUGCAAUCACUGAUACACAUGGCAAAGUCUGGUCUGAUGAGAAAGGUAUCAGUCGAGUAAUUAUUGACUAUUUUCAUAAUCUUUACCGUACGGAUGAAAAUCAGGAAUACAUUGAUGAUGUUGUGCAAUAUAUUAAACCUCGAGUGUCAGAGGAGAUGAAUAAAGAGCUUACUGAGCCAAUCACAGAAGAAGAGUUGUAUCGAGCUGUCCGCUCUAUGUCAAGGGAAAAAGCUCCAGGACCGGAUGGUUUCAACCCAGGCUUCUAUCAUGGCCAUUGGUCCACUAUUCACACAGGUGUGUACAAAUUUGCCAAGCUAUUGUUUGAAGAAGGUGAGUUAGAUCCAAGAAUGAAUAAUACACACAUCUGUUUGAUACCAAAGGUGAGUCAGCCUAGUGAAGUAAGAGAUUACAGACCAAUAAGCCUAGCUAAUGUAGCAUAUAAAAUUAUAUCAAAAGCUUUAGCAGAGAGACUCAAACCAUGGUUAAAUGAUAUCAUUUCUACAAACCAAUCAGCUUUUAUUCCUGGGAGAAUGAUCACAGAUAACAUUUUAAUAGCGCAUGAGCUUAUUCAUUCUCUCCAUACAAAAAAGCUAGUCAAACCCUUUAUAGCUACAAAGCUAGAUAUUAGUAAAGCUUUUGAUAAGGUAGAAUGGUCUUUUAUUGAAGCAGUUAUGAGGAGAAUGGGUUUCUCUGAUCUCUGGUGCAAAUGGAUAAUGAAAUGCAUUACAACUGUUUCAUAUUCAGUGUUCAUCAAUGGACAGCCUGUUGGACAAAUCAAGCCUCAGCGUGUUAUAAGACAAGGUGACCCUAUAUCACCUUGUGUAUAUCUAUUAUGUACUGAAGCUUUAUCUGCCCUAAUCCAACAUAACAUCAAAGAGAAAAAGUUUGAUGGAUUUAAGGCCAGCAGAAAUGGUCCCCCAAUUUCUCAUUUGCUUUUUGCAGAUGAUUCACUAAUGUUCUGCAGAGCCUCAGUCGAUGAGUGUACAACUAUCCUAAACAUCCUGCAACAUUAUGAGAAAGCCUCGGGUCAGAGUGUAAAUUUUCAAAAAUCGGCCAUCACGUUUGGUAAAGGCAAAGAAGUUCUCCUGAAAUCAGUAAUUACAGCAAUUCCAACAUACAGCAUGUCCUGCUUCCUUUUGCCUCAAAGAAUAAUCACUCAGAUCACAAAAGCCAUGUGUCAUUUUUGGUGGUCCAACACUAAGGAUAAACACAAAGUUCCCUGGAUAGCAUGGAAUAAGAUCACUAAUUCUAAGGAAAUAGGUGGUUUAGCAAUUAGAGAUCUCAAAGAUUUCAAUUUAGCUCUGCUCGCAAAACAAAGUUGGCGGAUCCUCCAUCAACCAACAUCUCUAUUAGCAAGAGUUCUAAAAGCCAAAUAUUAUUCGAAGCAGAGUCUUCUUACCUCCACUUGCAAAUCGAAUUCCAGCUAUGCUUGGAAAAGUAUAUCCCAAGGUACUCAUCUACUAUCUCAGGGUAUUAAAUAUAUAGUGGGUACUGGUAAUCAAAUUAAUGUUUGGCAUGAUAAGUGGCUCCCUCUUAAUCCACCACGUCCAGCGAGAGGGCAUGGCGCCACUCUUCAUCCUACUUUAAAAGUUAGUGAUCUGAUAUCUCAAGGUAGAUGGAAUGAAAAUAUGCUUCAUAGCUACAUUCACCAUGAGGACAUUCCACACAUUAGGAGGAUAAGACCGUCUAUUACAGGAGCAGAUGAUGAAAUUGCUUGGAUUCAUACGAAGAGUGGACUCUACUCAGUUAAAUCGGGGUAUCACCUUCAGAGAAAGUUGUCCACUGAAAGCUCCUCGGAUACAAGUAGUUCGUUUAAUAUCUCAAGUUGCACAACAUUUAAAAAGCUUUGGGCAUAUAAUAUGCCUCAAAAACUAAAGCAUUUAUGGUGGAGAUGCCUUCAUAAUGCACUACCUGUGGCGAAUAAUUUAAAGAAGAAAAAAAUGUUGACUGAUGAUACAUGUCAAAGAUGUGGAGAAGCACCAGAAGAUCUUAAUCAUCUUCUUUUCCAUUGCAGGAUCAGCAAAGAGAUUUGGAGUCUUAGUGCAAAUAAUCACCAUCCAGGUUCUUUCUUCUCUUCCAAUUCUCUUACUCAAAAUGUAGAUAUGAUGCUGAAUUUGAGUAAAAACCAAAGAAAGGAUGUAAGUUUAUUCCCUUUCAUUGGUUGGCGCAUUUGGAAAAUGAGGAAUGAUUUGAUAUUCAAUAAUAAGAAGUGGUCCAUUCCUGACACUAUCAACAAAGCUAUCAUUGAUUCGCAGCAAUGGAAGGAAAGCUUGGAAGCCGCUCAUGAUGAUGUGCAGACAAAGCAAACUCAAGAGCAAAAGCAGUCUCAGUCUCUGUCAACGCCAACCUCCACACAAUCAAUUAUUAGUGAGGCCAAGGACUACUGCUGUUUUGUUGAUGGUUCAUGGAGAUCACCAAAUGACUGUGCAGGAAUUGCUUGGGUUUUAUAUCACAAGAAUGCACAAAUUUUAUUACAAGGCAAGGCGUCCAUCCCUCCUAUGAACACGCCUUUAGAAGUAGAAGCUGAAGCUUUAAAGCUAGCAGUUCAUCAUCUUAGCAGGUUGGGUUAUAACAACGUUAUGUUUUGUGGAGAUGCACAAAUCCUAUAUAAAAAUGUAGCUCACAUUCCCCAGUGCAAGCACAAGCAGUUAAACCGAGAUCAAUUUCUCAUUACAACCCAGUUGAGGGAUAUUGAGAACAUGGUUUCUUCAUAUGAAACUAUCACUUUUGUUAAAAUACCACGUUCUGUAAAUUAUGUAGCUGAUAGUCUAGCUAAAGAUGCUAGGAUAAGUAAGUCAGACUUUGUAAUAUCAUGGAAUACUGUAACUUGA